AUGCCAUUCAACACUUUCGAACGCCCUCGAGUCCUUUGCAUGUACUUCCAAGGCGAUAGGGAACCAUCUGGUGGUCUCUCAAACUCCACCUCAGAAUGCACCUCUCAUGGAAGACAAACCAACACAAGCCAAGGUUCUGCGACGAACGGAGGGGGGACAACUCAACAGCCUCAGAGUGGAGGACAGUCUCAAGGUUCUGGGGGAAACGGAGGGAGCGGAAGCAAGUAA